ACUUCUGCCUCCUGCUUUCUGUGUGUCACAUUCCAGCUUCCAGGGCACAAUGUCCAUCUGACAUAAGUUCUAAAAAGAAGCAGAGCUCCAGUGCGCUCGUGCACACGGCGUUAUGAUUACCUUUUACCUUCAACCACUUUUUCGAGUACUUUUCUCAUGCAAAGGCAUGCAACUUCUUUAGUGGAACAGCUACCUUUGCAUUUUUCCUGUGCUUCAAUUGAGUUCUUUGGAUUUAAAGGGGAUCAAACUUACUGUUUUUAUAGUUUUAACCCAGAUGAGCACGAGAAAGGAAAGAAUACAUUGGAUCUGUUUUCAAAAAUGGACUGCAAUGGAUACAACAUUCAACACAACAAAAUAAGUGAUCUAUAGAGCGCAUAUGGAUGAAAUGGGUAAACCUUUCUUCGAAAGGCAAGCCACAACUGAGGAGAUGGCUUUAGUCAGCAAUGCACUCGCUGCUUACUCCUUUAUAGCAGAUCAGCCAGAACGGGCGGCACUGUACUUUGUGUGCGGGGUGUGUUUAGGACUGGUUCUCACUCUUAUCGCGUUAGUGGUGCAGAUUUCCUGUAGAACUGACUGCAGAACACAACGAGCGCCCAAGAAAACUGGAAAACCUGCGGAUAGCAUCAGCGAUACAAGCGACAGCGACUCGGACUGGGACAAUAGCUCCGAUCUGUCAGCACGGCGGCACCGGCGUUUCGAACGGACGCUAGGUAAUGUGUUUACGUCAGCAGAAGAGCUGGAGCGAGCGCAACGAUUGGAGGAACGAGAGCGAAUCAUACGAGAGAUCUGGAUGAACGGACAACCGGAUAUGCCCGGCACGCGCAGUCUGAACCGCUACUAUUGAAGCCUCUGAUGCGUUAAGAGAGAUCCACCGAAGAAAAUACUCCCAUGUGAACAAUUAACGGCUAGUUCUUUGUGGGAAAUAAGCCAAAUCAACACAUUGGGAACAUCAUCUAGUUCUGCUGGUGGUUACAUUUGUGAAGUUUUUCCGAUGAUGAUUCAUCAUAAAAUAUAUAUUUGAUAUAAAAAUAUACAGUAUAUGCUUAAGCUUUCAUUAGGCUUGACUUGAAGUGUUGUAUUUUUAACUGAAAUUCGUCAGAGACAAUUUUGGACAAUGUGUGCAUUUAGGUGGAUUUGACAAGACACCUAACUUUAAUGUCUUAUCUUUUUGUAUUAUCUUUUUGUUGUUAUUUAAGCUAAAUUUGAUAUAUUGCAACUUCUAUUAUACAAAAGCUUUGUUUUGGAGCACAGUGUACAUUUUCAUAGUUUCAUAGUUUGAAAACUAACCAGCCAAAAUGAUGGUUUGUCCCUUUUUGUGGAACAAUUCAAAACCUUCUUUAAACAAUAAUUAUUUGAAGGAUGUAGACCGUCACCUCUAUUUAUUAAUUAUAUAUGCAUAGUUAAAAUAGAUUUUUUAUGUGGUGCUAAGCUUGUGUUGGAGAAUCCAGGAAAAGCACAAUUGACCAACAAUGGUAGGAAAGGCAAUGCAAUCCAAAUACUACGUCCAUGUUCUUAUUUUGCCAUUAUUUUUUUGCAUUAAACAUAGGCUACAUGCCACUUUUCAGAGUCAACAUGCAUCCAACUUCUAAUUGAUUUAUAUAAAAAGUUAUAAAAACAAUUAUCUGGGUAUAAAUACAUAAAUCUAAACUUGCAUCAGGCUACUAUUAUCAUAACAUUGAACUACUGGUUGGAAUGUUUUUGUUUUGUAAAACAUUUGUGGUCUGAGGUUUG